AUGGAAGCCUGCGGAGAGACCAGCAGCAAAGAAACCCCAUCCCUCGCAAAAGUUGCCCAGCUGCUCCAUGUCGCCCCUGAGGAAAUCAAUGACAUCUACAAGUGCACACCUUUGCAGGAGGCGCUGGUAUCUCUGACCACCAAGGGAUCCGAAGCCUACGUGAAGCGUGUGGUGCUCUCCUUGAAUGUCAGAUCGGACCUAGCAAGGCUCCGCUCGGCAGUCGACGAUGUCGUCAAGGCUACUCCGCUUCUGCGCACGCGAAUUGUCCACUUGGAUGAACUCGGGUUUAUGCAAGUUGUCCUCGCGAAGAAGGUGGAAUGGUCUGAAGCAACCUCUGUCGACGAUUGUUUGAAAGAGACCAAACUGAACGCAUGGGGAAUCGGCGACCCUUUGGUGCGCUAUACGCUAGUCAAAGACGAUCAAAGCAAUGCCCGCUAUUUUGUUUGGACGAUUCAUCACGCGUUGUAUGACGGCUGGUCGUUUCCUCUCAUGGUUAACCAAGUUUGUCAGCGCUAUGACGGAUUUGACGUCGAGCCAGCUCCCGAGUACAAACACUUCGUUCAACACAUAGCUCAGAAAAACCAAAAUGAGGCCAAGGAAUACUGGAAAUCUGUUCUAUCAGGGACUCAGUCCACGACGUUUCCCGCACUUCCAGAUAUCUCAUACGCACCGGCGGCUGAUACAACAGUGGAGUAUUGUUGUCCUCCAGUGCCCAGAGUCAAAGGCAUCACGAGGACAGCACUUUUGCGCGGCGCAUGGGCUCUCAUUAUGAAUCGAUUCCAUGACUCGGAAGAUGCAGUUUUCGGCACCAUCGUUUCGGGCCGGCGGGAGACUUUCGUAGGCAUCCAAAGCUUGAUGGGUCCCACGGUUGCAACCAUUCCUGUCCGCGUCAGGGUCGACGGCGGCGAGAGAGUUGACAAUUAA